ACAAGCCAAUAGUCGAAGAUACGGAGGCUGCUGCUAUCGAAUACUCGGAUAAGGAGGGUAAGGGCGGUGAAGUGCAGUACUUCAAUCCCCUUUUCUCUCUUCUCCUUUUAUUUCAUCACUCUCUUCGUUCCUUUCUUCUUCUCCAAAGUUUUCAAUUUUCACACUUUUCGAGUAAGAACAUCUUUUCAAUGGCGUCCCAAAUUACCCGUGAGUGGUCUGGAAUCAAUACAUUCGCACCUGCUACCCAGACUAAGUUGCUUGAACUCUUGGGAAAACUUAAACAAGAGAAUGUGAACUCCUUAACUAUACUUGUGAUGGGAAAAGGUGGUGUUGGAAAAUCUUCAACUGUGAACUCCAUCAUUGGGGAUAGAGUGGUUUCGAUUAAUCCUUUCCAGUCGGAAGGGCCAAGACCCGUGAUUGUGUCGCGAUCAAGGGCUGGUUUUACAUUGAACAUCAUUGACACUCCUGGUCUCAUUGAAGGGGGAUACAUCAAUGAUAUGGCACUUGAUAUAAUAAAACGUUUCCUUCUGAACAAGACCAUAGAUGUACUGCUUUAUGUGGAUCGCUUGGAUGUGUAUAGAGUGGACAACUUGGAUAAGGUAGUCGCCAAAGCUAUAACAGAUAGUUUUGGAAAAGGAAUAUGGAGCAAGACUAUUCUAGCACUCACACAUGCCCAGUUCUCUCCACCAGAUGGAUUGCCUUAUGAUGAAUUCUUUUCACAAAGAUCUGAGUCUCUCUUGAAGGUUCUUAGGUCAGGUGCCAGGAUAAAGAAGGAAGCCUUUCAGGCUGCUUCCAUUCCUGUUGUUUUGGUCGAGAACAGUGGGAGAUGCAACAAAAAUGACAGUGAUGAAAAGGUUCUUCCAAAUGGGACUGCUUGGAUUCCUAAUCUAGUCCAAACAAUCACAGAUAUUGCAUUGAACCAAAGUGAGUCUAUUCACGUUGACAAGAAUUUGAUUGAAGGGCCAAAUCCGAAUCAGAGAGGAAAAUUAUGGACUCCUCUUGUGUUUGCUAUCCAAUACUUCCUUAUCAUGAAGCCAAUAAAAGGACUGAUCGAGAAGGACAUUGCAAAUGAGAGAAAGCCAACAUGGGAGAGACGUGAUGCCGCUUUCCGGAAGAGAGAUUUAUAUUAGCUGUGCACUUCUGUGCCCAUGAAAUUCCAUGGAUGCUUAGCUUCCUUUGCUAGCACAUUCGUUUACUUUUGUCUGUUCUACGAAUGAACUUGGAUGGUUUUUCUUAUACUGUAAUUGCUGGUAGUCUGCGGCAUAGGAAUUUGUUUGUGACUGAGAGGAUUGCCUUGUAUGCUGGUAAGUUGUUGGCUUUUGCAUGAUUCAGUUUGUUAAUGUUAGUCUUUAAAUGUCUUGUAAACAUAGCUCUAGAUUUGGCUACCAUCGUUAAUAGCUUGAUAUCCUGUAAAACUAGCCCGAAGUAUUUAAUGUUCUAUAGAAUUGGUUUUAAUAAAUUUAUGUUGAGUUAUUUAUUGAUUA